AUGGACGGGAUGGGGGAAGGCUCCGAGGGCAUGGGCUUCGAUAUGCCAAUGCUCAUGAACCAGCAGCCGAACCUCUUUGGCGCAUACGGCCCCGAGGGCUCCCCGAUGAAUUCAGCCCUCCCGAAUCACGCGUACGAUGACGCCGCGCUUAUGGCGGGUGACGACGCUAAUGAUUCCAAGAGAAGGAGGAUCGCACGGGCUUGCGACAUGUGCCGGAAAAAGAAGAUCAAAUGCGAUGGCAAGAUGCCCAAGUGCUCGCAUUGCCUCAACUACAAGACGGAAUGCGUGUUUACACAGGUCGAGAAGAAACGAAAUCCUCCUAAAGGGGCCAAGUAUAUCGAAGGCUUGGAGAACCGACUCGGGAGGAUGGAGUCUUUGUUGAAACUCUCGGGACUUUUGUCAGAGGAAGACGGUGGAAAGACAGACCUUGGGACCUUGGAGAAACGCCUCGCCGAUCGGUCCAUGUCCGCUGGCGCCCCGUCCGCUGCGAAGAGCCCGAGUCGAUUCACCGCACCGCCGUCGGCCACCCAGUCCCAGCAGAAUACAGCAUCCCGCCAAUCGACCCCCCGGGUGGAAUCCCAGCCGAGCCCGCACACGGCUCCCACGUCGCCCGAAUCGCAGAAGGACUCGGAACCGGAGGUGGAGGGGUUAUCGGAUAUGAUGUGCUCGCUGGUGACGAACAACUGCGGCGAGACGCGGUAUAUCGGGUCGUCCUCGGGGUUCUCGAUCUUCUCGCCCAAGGGUAUCCAAUGGGUCAACGAGAAGACGGGUGACACUUCCUUCCAGGAUAUGAUCUCGUCAGCGUAUGUCGACGAUAACAAGUGGAUGUAUUGGAAGCCGGAGAUCUUCAGCGAUAUCUUUGCUCGACGAGUCUUCAAACCGCUGCCGCCCAAGGAGGAGGCCAUGUCUCUCUUCCGGGACUUCUUCGAGAACUUCAAUUGCAUGUUUCCACUCUUCCACGAGCCCACCUUCAUGCACUUGGUGGAGCGCCAGUAUUCGCGCGAUCCUUACGAAGGUUCCGGCUGGUGGGCUAGCAUCAACGUUGUUCUGGCCAUUGCGCAUCGAUUGCGCGUCAUGAGCAAUUUGGUCCCUCAGGAAGAGGACAAGAAAGGGUGGCUGUAUCUGAAGAACUCGAUGGGGGUCUUAACUGAACUCACCAUGCGAAACACGGAUUUGCUGAGCGUACAGGCGUUGCUUGGCAUGUCUCUGUUCCUUCAAGGAACACCCAACCCUCAGCCGUCGUUCUUCCUCGUUGCCGCGGCGAUCAGACUUUCCCACAGCAUUGGCUUGCACAAGAGAGGGUCUGGCUUUGGGUUGAACCCGGUGGAGGUUGAGCAACGGAAACGGGUUUUCUGGAUCGCCUACCUUCUUGACAAGGACAUCUGUCUCCGAUCUGGCCGUCCUCCGGUGCAAGACGACGAUGAUAUGAAUGUUGAAUUACCGAGUGACGAUCCUCCCGAUAACAUUGGCAACGUGCCCCUUGCCGACGGCAAAGGAAAAUUCAACCUGUUUAGGUGUAUGUGCCGCUUUGCCAUCAUCGGAAGCCGGGUCUAUAAGCGACUCUAUUCCGCCAAGGCCUCAAAGCAGUCGGACGGCGAGCUGCUGAACACCAUUGGUGAACUGGACAAGGAGCUGGAAGAGUGGAAGGACAGCAUCCCUCUGGACUUCCGACCGGAACACGAAAUCAAAGCCUCACACACCCCUCUAAUACUCCAUGUGGUGGUCCUUCACUUUGCCUACUAUAACUGCUUGACGACCAUCCACCGAAUGUCCGUGCACCACGGGUAUUGGACAAGCCGUCUUUCCAACUAUGCCAUCCAGGGACUGAAUGCUAGGCCCCUGAAUCCCCGCGUGUUCCUAUCGGCUGUGCUCUGUGUCACUGCUGCGCGAGCAUCCAUCAACCUCAUAAAAUAUAUUCCACAAGGCGACUUCGCUUGUGUAUGGCUAAUACUCUAUUACCCCGUGUCGGCCUUGGUGACCCUGUUUGCCAAUAUCCUGCAGAAUCCCAACGACGCCCGUGCUCGUUCCGACGUCAAACUGAUGAACGUCGUGGUCAACUUCCUCUCGACCCUUGUCUCCGACGAAUCCAACGGUAGCAUCAAGCGCAUGCUCGGCCUGUGCGGGGAGUUUGAACGCAUCGCUCAGGUGGUGCUCGACAAGGCCGAGCGAGAGUCUCACACCAAGAAAAAGCGCAAGGCGCCUCCCGAUGAGCCCAAGAACGCGCAGCGACACAGCCCGGAGGAGUCAUCUGCCCCUUCUCCCUCUGCAAAGAGACCCGCGAAUGCACCUCCUACUACCGCGCCGUUCACCCCACCCAUAUACUCAGGCAACGUCCCCGAAAACGAACCCAACGAGCCCAACGUAGCGAGAACCUUCGCCCCGAGUCAGACCGUCCCCGGACCCACCGGGUUCCCACCCAACGUGCACGACAACCUCCAAGCCAUGUCCGGCCUGGGACAGGACUUCCCGGAGAUGCUCAGUCCCAACAUGGACGGGCUCGGAUUCGGCGACCCCGCCUCCUUCGCCAGCACCCCCAACCACCCGAUGUCAUUCCAGCAACCCUUUGUCCCACAAGAUCUCUGGCAGAUGCCGAUGACCAUCGAGUGGGACUGGGCGGACAUGUCGACGAAUUUCCCAGUCUUUGACACCAACGGACCAUCUCCGAAUGGACCGUGA